CCGCCCGUGCCCCGCCCCCGCCUGCCAUUGCUCAGUUCCCCCGGCUUGCCAGGGAGGGGGCGGGGCGGUGCACCCCCGCACUGCUCAACUGACGUAGGCGGAGCGGUGGCGGAGGCUCGGUCCUCUGAUUGGGCCCGCCCGCGCUUGGGGCGGGGUUUCGGCUCCAACGUGAGCAGUGAUUGGCUACCGUGCGGAAGAGUGAUCGAGCCGCUGAAGCAACGGGCCUGCCCUCAGUCCGCCCUCCUCCCCGACUGUCAGUGUGUGUGUGUUAAGUGUGUCUGUCAGGUCUUGUCAACCGGGCGCAGUCGCUGCGCUGCUGGAUCUGCGCUGCUCCAGAAAAACAAAGAGAAAAACGGAGGAGCCCGCGUCUCGCUGCUCGCAGGUAUCAUGUCCAGACCAGCAGGGGGCAGCGUCAGUGAGGCGAACCGCUUCCUGUACUUGGGGGCGGGGCCCUCCUCGCCUGGCUCCUCCUUCUCAGCCUCCAGCCAGGCUGACUGGGCAGCAAAGCGGCUGGUGUGGGUCUCAUCCGAGAGGCAUGGGUUCGAGGCGGCCGGCGUGCGGGAGGAGCGCGGGGAUGAGCUGGAGGUGGAGCUGGUGGAGUCGGGCCGCCGGGUCAGCGUGUCGCGGGACGAGGUCCAGAGGAUGAACCCGCCACGCUUCAGCAAGGCGGAGGACAUGGCCGACCUCACCUGCCUGAACGAGGCCUCGGUCCUGCACAACCUGAAGGAGAGAUACUACUCCGGGCUCAUCUACACCUACUCCGGGCUGUUCUGCGUGGUCAUCAACCCCUACAAGAACCUGCCGAUCUACACCGAGUCCAUCGUGGAGAUGUAUCGCGGCAAGAAGCGCCACGAGAUGCCCCCGCACAUCUACGCCAUCUCUGAGGCUGCUUACAAGAGCAUGCUGCAAGACAGAGAAGACCAGUCCAUUCUGUGCACCGGGGAGUCCGGCGCAGGAAAGACAGAGAACACCAAGAAGGUGAUCCAGUACCUGGCCCACGUAGCCUCGUCCCACAGGCCCGGACCAGCAGGCCCAGCCCGGUCCACAGCACAGGUACUGUACGUUCCUGACCCAGAGAGACACUCUAGAGAAUCCCAGUGCAGCCCAGUGCAGUCCAGUCCAAUGACAGUGUGGAGAAUCACAAUACUGUCCCAGUCCAGUCCAGUCCAACUAUGGUACUGGGGCACUGAGGUACUGGGGUGCUGGGGGACUGGGAGACUAUGGCACUGGGGUACUGGGGUGCUGGCAGGUCUGUGCUCUUCAGAGCCUCUCUCUCUCAGGCUCUACGUCAAGAAGCAGCAGCAGCUCAGUGCCGCCAGGGUGAUGCAGAGGAACUGCGCCGCCUACCUCAAGCUGAAGAACUGGCAGUGGUGGAGACUGUUCACCAAGGUCAAGCCGCUGCUGCAGGUGACAAGGCAGGACGAGGAGAUCCAGGCGAGAGAGGAGGAGCUGCUCAAGGCCAGGGGGAGCCAGGCCAGGCUGGAGCAGGAAUUCUCCGAGCUGCAGAGGAAACACCAGCAGGUGCAGGAGGAGAAGGCUGUGCUGGCGGAGCAGCUGCAGGCCGAGACCGAGCUCUUCGCCGAGGCCGAGGAGAUGAGGGUGAGGCUGUCGGCGAGGAAGCAGGAGCUGGAGGAGGUGCUGAGCGAGCUGGAGACACGCCUGGAGGAGGAGGAGGAGCGGGGUGCCCAGCUGGCCAGCGAGAGGAAGAGGCUGCAGCAGCACGUGCAGGACCUGGAGGAGCAGCUGGAGGAGGAGGAGGCAGCUCGCCAGCGCCUCCAGUUGGACAAGGUUUCACUGGAGUCCAGGAUGAAGAGCCUGGAGACAGAGACUGUGACACUGCAGGACCAGAGGGACAGACUGAGCAAGGAGAAGAAGCAGGUGGAGGACAGGCUCGGUGAGGUCUCCGCCCGGCUGGGGGAGGAGGAGGAGAAGGUGAAGACUCUGACCAAGCUGAGGAACAGGCAGGAGGCUGUGAUCGCGGACAUGGAGGAGCGCCUGAAGCGCGAGGAGCAGGGCCGCCAGGAGCAGGACAAGACCCGCCGCCGCGUGGAGGGGGAGCUGGCUGAACUGCAGGACCAGCUGGCCGAGCUGGGGCAGGUCGCCGAGGAGCUGAGAGACACGCUGAGCCGCCGAGACGCUGACAUACAGGCCCUCAACACCCGGACCCGCGGCCACGAGGCCCAGCUGGCAGAGCUGCGGGCCAGGCACAGCACUGCCCUGGAGGCCCUGCAGGAGCAGCUGGACAGCAGCAGGAGGGCCCGGCAGACGCUGGAGAAGGCGAAGCAAAUGCUGGAGGCUGAGCGUGCGGAGCUGGCGGGGGAGGUGCGCGGCCUGCAGAGCAGCCGGGCGGAGAGCGAGCACCGCAGGAAGCGAGCGGAGACGCAGCUGCAGGAGGCCCACAGCCGCCUGACGCAGACCGAGCGCGAGCGCGAGGAGAGAGAGGAGAGAGCGACUCGACUGCAGGCGGAGCUGGAGUCCCUGUCCUCCUCCCUGGCCUCGGCUGAGGUGAAGACUGAAGCUCUGGGCAAGGAGGUGGCCAGCCUGCAGACGCAGCUGCACGACGCCCAGGACCUCCUCCAGGACGAGAGCCGCCAGAAGCUGGCUCUGGGGACGCGGGUGCGAGCUCUGGAGGACGAGAAGGCCGGGCUGCUGGAGAGGCUGGAGGAGGAGGAGGAGAGGAGGAAGGAGCUGAACAAGCAGGUGCAGACGCUGUCCCAGCAGGUACAGUACCAGCUUCCUCUCCACUCGCUCUCUCAGCUCUGCUGCGGUCGCCAGCGACCAGCCAGCGUCCAGCCAGCGUCCAGUCAUUGUCCAGCUUCUGUCCAGUCACUGUCCAGUCACUGUCCAGCCCGUGCCCAGUCACGAUCCAGUCCAUGUCCAGCCCGUGUCCAGUCACUGUCUAGUCACUGUCCAGCCCGUGUCCAGUCAGAGGGCCGCCAGCGGGCGGAGCGCCAGCGGGCGCGGCUGCAGGCCGAGGCGGAAGACCUGGCGCUGGACCUGCAGCAGCUGCGCCAGCACUGCUCCGGCCUGGAGAAGAGGCAGCGGAAGUUCGACACGAGCCUGGCGGAGGAGAAGGCGGGCAGCGCGCGGCUGGCAGAGGAGCGCGAUCGCGCCGAAGCCCACAGCCGGGAGCUGGACACCAGGCUGCUGGCGCUGGGCCGCGAGCUGCAGGACGCCCUGCAGGACAGGAGCGAGCUGGAGAGGGUCACCCGGCAGCUCAGGUCCGACAUGGAGCAGCUGCUGGACUCGCAGGACGGAGUGGGCAAGAAUGUGCACGAGCUGGAGCGCAGUAACCGGGCCCUGGAGGCGGAGGCCCAGUCCCUGCGGGCCCAGGUCCAGGACCUGGAGGAGGAGCUGGGGCAGGCCGAGGACGCGAGGCUCAGGCUGGAGGUCACACUGCAGGCCCUGAGGGCGCAGUGUGAGAGGGAGGUCAGCCGCAAGGAAGACAGCGCUGAGGAGAAGAGGAGAGCGCUCAAUAAACAGGUACAGAGACAGUAGAGAGAGAGAUCAGCACACAGGUACAGAGAGAGGAGAGAGAGAGAUCAGCACACAGGUACAGAGAGA